AAAAUGAGACGGUAUAUUUUGGUAUAUUUCUGUGGGUCGGACGCGGUCACUCUGCUCUAUAGACAGGCACAAAAAAUAUUACUUUUUUUAAUUUUUAAUUUUACUUACAAAUAUGGCGACCUCUGUAGAACUGAGCUCUUACCGUGAUCAGCACUUUAAGGGCUCACGCUCGGAGCAGGAGCGUUCUCUGAAAGAUUCUUGCACACUGUACGUGGGAAACUUGAGUUUCUACACAACUGAAGAACAAAUCCACGAACUGUUUUCCCGCUGCGGCGAUGUGCGGCUAAUCGUAAUGGGCCUAGACAAAUACAAGAAGACACCGUGCGGCUUCUGUUUUGUGGAGUACUACAUCCGAAGCGAAGCGGAGUCCGCCAUGAGAUUUGUGAAUGGAACUCGCUUGGACGAUCGCUUGAUUCGUGUUGACUGGGAUGCCGGCUUCAUUGAAGGCCGUCAAUACGGACGCGGCAAAACCGGCGGCCAGGUGCGAGACGAAUAUCGCACAGACUACGACGCCGGACGUGGCGGUUAUGGCAAGCUGCUCUCGCUAAAGAUUGCACCCAACACCGACAACCGCUAGCCCUAAGAUAUAGAGAUAAGACUAAGAGCCCCCCCUCCCUAGAUAUUAAAGCAAACACUUUAGGAUA